AACAGAAGGCGGCUUGGACGGAUGGCUUCGGCCUAGGCUUGGCUUGGCGUGCUAGUUCUUCUCUCUCUCUGUAGCUUGUCUUCCUCCUCUGCUCUCUUUCCUCUCAGUUCUUCUCUGAAAUUCAAGAGUUGUAACUGAAUUCAUGGCUGAUAGAGUGAAUUGGUACUGAGAUCCUCACAAUUGGCAUCAGAGCCGUUCGAUUCUCCACCAAAUAUCCACCCCAGAAUUUUCCCCACCCAAUUCCAUGGAUUUUCCACGACGGCGUGCCGAGCUCCUGGCGACUCUCUCGCCGGAGGGUCGGGCGACGUAUGAGGUACUCAGGGCCAGCUAGCCCGUGAUGUGGACCGGUGCUUUGCUGAGUCCAAGGCGAGGCUAGAGAAGGGCAUGGAGGCGGCGCUCGGCGACCUCCACACCAAGCUGGACUGGACUAUCGGCGACCUCGGCCAGAAGGUGCGUAGCGACCACGGCCGUAGGUGCGCCCCUGCGGCGGCAGCCUCUACUGCGACAGCGCCUGCUAUGUCGACGUCGACUGCGAGCCAUGUCGUCCCCGACCCCAAUCACGGCCCCGACCUGGCAUCUUCGACUUCGUCAAUGAUGAACACGGCCAGGCCUAUGCGCCAGCAGCGGCAUCACCACCGACGGGUCCCAUGAGUCGGAGGUUGCUGCCUCCUCCUCCGACCCCGCUCCAGCGGCAACGGCCACGAGCAUCUCCGUGUCGAGCGCGACGGCCGUCGUCCCCGCAUCAGGCGGCGUUCCCUCCCUCGUCACGUUGGCCACCACCCGCUCGACGAGCCCAGGAGGAGACACCGGUGCGGCACCAGACGCCAACCCUCUGGUGUCCACGGGUCCCAUCGGCAUGCCUGCGUCCACCAUGCAGAGCGAGCCAGACCAUGUGCGUGAGACGCCCAUCACCUGUUCGACGCUUGGCCUCUACCCCGUCGCCAACGCCAUUCAGAUCAACAAGGUGCCCCUACCUGAGUUUGCUGUGUCCCCAACACGAUAUGCAGCCUUCUCCAUCUCCACCUUCAUGGCUGCAGUGUCCGCCUCACUCGAUUCAGAACUUGCUCUCGCCACGCCCACCAUGUGUUCGACCGAGUGCCCUGGAGAAGAAAACAGUGAAACAAGGACCACGCCCACUUCUACAGCAGCGCCGCCGGCAUCCUCGACCAGUGCUAUUCCUGCUAUGUGUGAGGUGAGCAUAGAGGUCAAUUCCAUGGCUCUGAUGGAUAUAACCAGUUCGUCUCCAAUCCUCACAAAGGUCACAACCACCCAAGCAUUGUCGCCUACCAAGUGUUCGACAGAAGGCCUGAACGGCGAGACCAGUGUGGCUUGUCUCAAGUAUUUAGUCAGCUCACAUCACCAGUUGCAGCAGGACGUGUGGCUCACCGAGUUCAAAACUGAAUUGAGGAAGAGCCGUGAGGAAUUGUUGGCAGCCAGGAAGGAGAUGAACUCAGUAUCCUUGCUCACAAUCAGGUUCCUGUUUCAGUGUGUUCCAGGUUAUGGGCUAUUAACAUUAUCAUGGGAUCCUGGACAGCACGCAAUUGAUUCGGCUGCAAUUUUUUGCGAUCGAGGAACUGUUUCCAUCCAUCAAUCAUACGAAUGACUAGCUGCCAGGAGUUGGGUCUUAAUUCCUCAUAUACAUCCCAGCAUCUACAGAUUGCAUGGUCAUUCGUUUGGGAGUUCUGUAGUGUUGGAUCAAGGAGGAUUG